GGCCGCUGGGGGCGGGUUACGCAGCUCGCGCGGCCUGAGUGGCGGCGGCUGGUGGCUGUGGAGACGAAGCCGGCGCCGGAGCCGCCGCCGCCGAGCGCCGCGCACUCUCCGAGUCCGUCGCCCGCCGCGCAACCAUGGAGAUCGGCACCGAGAUCAGCCGCAAGAUCCGGAGUGCCAUUAAGGGGAAAUUGCAGGAAUUAGGAGCUUACGUGGAUGAAGAACUUCCUGAUUACAUUAUGGUGAUGGUAGCCAACAAGAAAAGUCAGGACCAAAUGACAGAGGACCUAUCCCUGUUUCUAGGGAACAACACCAUUCGAUUCACCGUAUGGCUUCAUGGUGUAUUAGAUAAACUUCGCUCUGUUACAACUGAUCCCUCUAGUUUAAAGUCUUCUGACACCAACAUCUUUGAUAGUAAUGUGCCUUCAAAUAAGAGCACUUUCAGUCGAGGAGAUGAGAGAAGGCACGAAGCUACAGUGCCACCCCUUGCAGUUUCUAGCUCUAGAUCUGAAAAAAGAGAUUCCAGAGUUUCUGCAAGUUCACAGGAGCAGAAAACCACUAAUGUCAGUAGACAGAGUUAUGAUGAUGGAGCUGCAACCCGGCUAAUGUCAACCGUGAAACCUCUGAGGGAACCAGCACCCUCUGAAGAUGUCAUUGAUAUUAAGCCAGAACCAGAUGAUCUCAUUGAUGAAGACCUCAAUUUUGUACAAGAGAAUCCCUUAUCUCAGAAAAAACCUACAGUGACACUUACAUACAGUUCUUCUCGUCCUUCUAUUGAAAUUUAUCGACCACCUGCAAGUCGAAAUGCAGAUAGUAGUACUCAUUUAAAUAGAUUUCAAUUUCAACAGCAGCAGAACAGUAUUCAUGCUGCCAAGCAACUUGAUGUACAGAACAGCCGGGUAUAUGAAACAGGACGUUUAUGUGAACCAGAAGUGCUUAACAGCUUAGAAGAGACUUACAGUCCCUUUUUCAGAAACAACUCAGAAAAAAUGAAUAUUGAGGAAGAAAACUUUCGGAAGAGAAAACUGCCUGUGGUAAGUUCAGUUGUUAAAGUAAAAAAGUUCAAUCAUGAUGGAGAAGAGGAGGAGGAAGAUGAUGAUUGUGGGUCCCGCACAGGAAGCAUCUCCAGCAGCGUGUCAGUGCCAGCAAAGCCUGAAAGGAGACCGUCACUUCCACCUUCUAAACAAGCUAACAAGAAUCUGAUUUUGAAGGCUAUCUCUGAAGCCCAAGAAUCUGUAACAAAAACAACUAACUAUUCUACAGUCUCUCAGAAACAGACACUUCCAGUUGCUCCCAGAACUCGAACUUCUCAAGAAGAAUUGUUAGCAGAAAUGGUCCAGGGACAAAGCAGAAACCCCAGAAUAAGUUCCCCCAUUAAAGAAGAGGAAACAAAAGGAGAUAAUAUAGAAAAAAGUCAAGGAACUCAGCAGAGGCAAUUGUUAUCCCGACUGCAAAUUGACCCAGUAAUGGCAGAAAAUCUGCAACUCAGUCAAGAUUACUAUGACAUGGAAUCCAUGGUCCAUGCAGACACAAGAUCAUUUAUUCUGAAGAAGCCAAAGCUGUCUGAGGAAAUAGUAGUCGCACCACACCAAGAGGCGGGCAUGAAGACUGCAGAUUCCCUUCGGGUACUUUCAGGACACCUUUUGCAGACACGAGAUCUUGUACAACCAGAUAAACCUGCAAGUCCCAAGUUUAUAGUGACGCUGGAUGGUGUCCCCAGCCCCCCAGGAUACAUGUCAGAUCAAGAGGAGGACAUGUGCUUUGAAGGAAUGAAACCUGUAAACCAAACUGCAGCCUCAAACAAGGGACUCAAAGGUCUCCUCCACCCACAGCAGCUGCAGCUGAUGAGCAGGCAGCUUGAUGACCCAAAUGGUAGCUUUUCAAACGCUGAGAUGAGCGAACUGAGUGUGGUACAGAAACCAGAAAAGCUUUUAGAGAGGUGCAAGUAUUGGCCUGCCUGUAAAAAUGGGGAUGAGUGUGCUUAUCAUCAUCCGGUUUCACCUUGCAAAGCUUUCCCCAAUUGUAAGUUUGCUGAAAAAUGUUUGUUUGUUCAUCCAAAUUGUAAAUAUGAUGCAAAGUGUACGAAACCAGAUUGUCCCUUUACUCAUCUGAGUAGAAGGCUUCCAGUCCUGCCUCCAAAACCAGUUACGACACCAACACCACCUUCUAAUAGUCAGCUCUGCCGUUACUUCCCAGCUUGUAAGAAAAUGGAAUGUCCCUUCUAUCAUCCAAAACAUUGUAGAUUUAACACGCAGUGUACACGGCCUGACUGCACCUUUUAUCAUCCCACAAUUGCUGUGCCACCACGACAUGCCUUGAAAUGGAUUCGACCCCAAACCAGUGAGUAACACCCAGUCCUACCUGGCAGAAGAUCAUGGAGUUUGAAAGUUUCCAUCUGCUGAAAAAUACUCUACAGAACUUGUCAUAUCUUGAAACUUGGAAUAUAUUGCUUUCAUAAUAUGAAGUUUAUGCCUAUUUGAAGUGUCUAAUUUUUCAAGUUUGUAGGUUUAUUAAGUGGUUUUAAUAUUGGGUGUGUUUUGUUUGUUUUGUUUUGUUUAUGAAGACAGUCUAAGGAAAAGUUGAGUUCUAUUAAAACAUUUGAGGUGUGCUUAUUACACUGCUGUUUCAGGUAUCAGCAUUUACAAUGUGAUAUCAGUACUAAUAUUCUACAGAGAGCUGGCUGCUAUGUGUAUAAAAAAGAGAGUUGGGCAGUGUCCUUAAUUUCACAAGUUGGGCUGCUACUUUGACUUUUCCAAAGUUUCAUGUAAAACAUAAUCGACCAUGAAAAUAAGUGUCCAGAAGUGCUAAGGCUCUUAAACUAGUUAAUCUUUUUUGAGAUUAGUUCAAAAAGCAUGAUAAUGUAGGCUUCUCAGGUUGAAUGCCUAUAAAAGGUUCCCAGUGACUGGUCUCCUGGCCUCCUGAGUGGGGAUGAGUGAGGCGGUGGUUUCAUAUAUGGUGAAAACAUCUGUAAUGGCAAAUGCAAAAAAUUAUAAACAGUUCCUUAAAACUUCUUUCAUAUACUGUAAGUGUGUAUGCUUUUAAAAAUUAUUUUGGGGAACUGUAUUACCAUAAAAUUACACAAAAGUUUUUACAACUUUUUAUACAUAAGAUAUAGAAAACAGAUUUUAAACUCACAAGAUGAUGCCUAUACAUAUGUACUCACGUUCUGAAAAAUAUUCUCAGAAAUAAGUCCACAGAAAAUAGUUAUUUCCGAAGAAUAAUUUUUUAAUGUAAAAUUAGAUUUAAAAUAGUGUAUUUUAAAUGGCAGACUGUAUAAUUUCAGAGGUCAGAUGGUGAACUGCUAAUUAGGACUGUAAUUCUGGACUAUUGAGUUAAAUAUACAGAGUUUUGUGUGUAAUUUUAAAAAUUGUUAAGGCAAGAUGUGUCAUGCUUUAGAAUUAAAUAAUAUUACUGAUUCUAAA